AUGCGGCUCUGGAGUUGGGUGCUGCGCCUGGGGCUGCUGAGCGCCGCGCUGGGCUGCGGGCUGGCCGAGCGCCCCCGCCGGGCCCGGAGAGACCCGCGGGUCGGCCGCCCCCCGCGCCCCGCCGCCGGCCCGGCCACCUGCGCCACCCGGGCGGCCCGCGGCCGCCGCGCCUCGCCGCCGCCGCCGCCGCCGCCGCCGCCGGGCGGUGCCUGGGAAGCCGUGCGCGUCCCCCGGCGGCGGCAGCAGCGGGAGGCGAGGGGCGCCUCCGAGGAGCCGAGCCCGCCGAGCCGGGCGCUCUAUUUCAGCGGGCGAGGCGAGCAGCUGCGCCUCCGGGCCGACCUCGAGCUGCCCCGGGACGCGUUCACGCUGCAAGUGUGGCUGCGAGCGGAGGGGGGCCAGAGGUCUCCGGCGGUGAUUACAGGGCUGUAUGACAAAUGUUCUUAUACCUCGCGUGACCGAGGAUGGGUCGUGGGCAUUCACCCCGUCAGUGACCAAGGCAACAGAGACCCACGCUACUUUUUCUCCUUGAAGACAGACCGGGCCCGUCAAGUGACCACCAUCCAUGCCCACCGCAGCUACCUCCCAGGCCAGUGGGUACACCUAGCUGCCACCUACGAUGGGAGGCUGAUGAAGCUCUAUGUGAAUGGUGCCCAAGUGGCAACCUCUGGGGAGCAAGUGGGUGGCAUAUUCAGCCCGCUGACCCAGAAAUGUAAAGUGCUCAUGUUGGGGGGCAGUGCCCUGGAUCACAACUACAGGGGCUACAUCGAGCACUUCAGUCUGUGGAAGGUGGCAAGGACUCAGCGGGAGAUACUGUCAGACAUGGAAGUCCAUGGCCUCCACACUCCUCUACCUCAGCUCCUCCUCCAGGAGAACUGGGACACUGUGAAGCGCACCUGGUCCCCCAUGAAGGAUGGCAAUAGCCCCCGAGUGGAAUUCAGCAAUGCCCCCAGCUUCCUGCUGGACACGAGUUUGGAGCCCCCUCUGUGUGGGCAGACAUUGUGUGACAACACAGAGGUCAUGGCCAGCUACAACCAGCUCCCGAGUUUCCGCCUGCCCAAGGUGGUGCGCUACCGCGUGGUCAACCUCUAUGACGACAGCGGUGAGAACCCGACGGUGAGCCGUGAGCAGGUCGACUUCCAGCACCGGCAGCUGGCUGAGUCCUUCAAGCACUACAACAUCUCCUGGGAGCUAGAGGUGCUGGAGGUGAGCAACUCGUCCCUGCGUCACCGCCUCAUCCUGGCCAACUGUGACAUCAGCAAGAUUGGAGAUGAGAACUGUGACCCUGAGUGCAACCACACGCUGACUGGACAUGACGGCGGGGACUGCCGCCACCUGCGCCACCCCACCUUCAUGAAGAAGCAGCAGAAUGGUGUGUGUGACAUGGACUGCAACUAUGAACGCUUCAACUUUGAUUCCGGAGAGUGCUGUGACCCCGAAAUCACCGAUGUCACUAAGACUUGCUUUGAUCCUGACUCUCCACACAGAGCCUACUUGGAUGUUAAUGAGCUGAAGAACAUUCUUAGAUUGGAUGGAUCAACACACCUCAAUAUUUUCUUUGCAAAUUCCUCAGAGGAGGAAUUGGCAGGAGUAGCAACUUGGCCAUGGGACAAGGAGGCCCUGAUGCACUUAGGUGGCAUUGUCUUGAACCCAUCUUUCUACGGUCUUCCUGGGCACACCCACACCAUGAUCCAUGAGAUCGGGCACAGCCUGGGCCUCUAUCACAUCUUCCGAGGCAUCUCAGAAAUCCAGUCCUGCAGUGACCCCUGCAUGGAGACAGAGCCCUCCUUUGAGACCGGAGACCUCUGCAAUGACACCAACCCAGCCCCCAAACACAAGUUCUGCGGCGACCCGGGGCCAGGGAAUGACACUUGUGGUUUUCAUAGCUUCUUCAACACUCCUUACAACAACUUCAUGAGUUAUGCAGAUGAUGACUGUACCGACUCCUUCACACCCAAUCAAGUCGCCAGAAUGCACUGCUACCUGGACCUGGUGUACCAGAGCUGGCAGCCCUCCAGGAAACCGGCGCCUGUCGCCCUGGCCCCCCAGGUAGUGGGCCACACGACAGAUUCUGUGACACUGGAGUGGUUCCCACCCAUCGAUGGCCACUUCUUUGAAAGAGAAUUGGGAUCAGCAUGUGACCUUUGUCUGGAAGGGAGAAUCCUGGUGCAAUAUGCUUUCAAUGCCUCCUCCCCAAUGCCCUGCGGCCCAUCUGGACACUGGAGUCCUCGAGAAGCAGAAGGUCAUCCAGAUGUUGAACAGCCCUGUAAGUCCAGUGUUCGCACCUGGAGCCCAAAUUCAGCUGUCAACCCACACACAGUCCCUCCAGCCUGCCCUGAGCCACAAGGCUGCUAUCUCGAGCUGGAAUUCCGCUACCCCUUGGUCCCUGAGUCUCUGACUGUCUGGGUGACCUUUGUCUCCAGCGACUGGGACUCUAGUGGAGCUGUCAAUGACAUCAAACUGUUGACUGUAAGUGGAAAGAACAUUUCCCUGGGCCCUCAGAACAUCUUCUGCGAUGUUCCGCUGACCAUCAGACUCCAAGAUGUGGGCGAGGAGGUGUAUGGUAUCCAGAUCUACACGCUGGACGAGCACCUGGAGAUUGACGCAGCUAUGUUGACCUCCAUUGCAGACACUCCGCUCUGCCUAGAGUGUAAGCCCUUGCAGUAUAAGGUGGUCCGGGACCCUCCUCUUCAGGCAGAUGUCGCUUCCAUCCUACAUCUCAACAGAAGAUUCAUGGACAUGGAUUUAAAACUUGGCAGUGUGUACCAGUACCGGGUCAUAACCAUUUCAGGAACUGAAGAGAGUGAGCCAUCCCCUGCUGCCAUAUACAUCCAUGGAAGUGGGUACUGUGGUGAUGGCAUUAUCCAGAAAGACAAAGGGGAGGAAUGCGAUGACAUGAAUAAGAUUAAUGGUGAUGGCUGCUCCCUUUUCUGCAGACAAGAAGUUUCCUUCAAUUGCAUUGAUGAGCCCAGCCGGUGCUAUUUCCAUGAUGGUGAUGGGGUAUGUGAGGAGUUCGAACAAAAAACUAGCAUUAAGGACUGUGGAGUCUACACGCCCCAGGGGUUCCUGGAUCAAUGGGCAUCCAACGCUUCAGUAUCCCACCAGGACCAGCAAUGCCCAGGCUGGGUCAUCAUUGGACAGCCAGCAGCGUCCCAGGUGUGUCGAACCAAGGUGAUAGAUCUCAGUGAAGGCAUUUCCCAGCACGCCUGGUACCCUUGCAUCAUCAGCUACCUUGACUCCCAGAUGACUCAGACCACUUUCUGGCUCCGGGCGUAUUUUUCUCAGCCAAUGGUUGCCGCAGCGGUCAUCAUUCACCUGGUGACCGAUGGGACAUAUUAUGGGGACCAAAAGCAGGAAUUCAUCAGCGUGCAGCUGCUUGAUACCAAAGACCAGAGCCACGAUUUAGGCCUCCAUGUCCUGAGCUGCAGGAACAAUCCCCUGAUUAUCCCGGUGGUCCAUGACCUCAGCCAGCCCUUCUACCACAGCCAGGCGGUACGUGUGAGCUUCAGUUCGCCCCUGGUCGCCAUCUCGGGGGUGGCCCUCCGCUCCUUCGACAACUUUGACCCCGUCACCCUGAGCAGCUGCCAGAGAGGGGAGACCUACAGCCCUGCUGAACAGAGCUGUGUGCACUUUGCAUGUGAGGCCACUGACUGCCCGGAGCUGGCUGUGGAGAAUGCUUCUCUCAAUUGCUCCAGCAGUGACCGUUACCACGGUGCCCAGUGUACCGUGAGCUGCCGGAGAGGCUAUGUGCUCCAGAUUCAGCGAGAUGACGAGCUGAUCAAGAGCCAGACAGGACCCAGUGUCACAGUGACCUGCACAGAGGGGAAGUGGAACAAGCAGGUGGCAUGUGAGCCCAUGGACUGUGGCAUCCCUGACCACCACCACGUGUAUGCCGCCUCCUUCUCCUGCCUUGAAGGCACCACCUUUGGCAGCAAAUGUUCCUUCCAAUGCCGUCACCCUGCGCAAUUGAAAGGCAACAACAGCCUCCUGACCUGUAUGGAAGAUGGGCUGUGGUCCUUCCCCGAGGCCCUGUGUGAGCUCAUGUGCCUAGCUCCACCCCCAGUACCCCAUGCAGACCUCCAGACCGCCCGUUGUCGAGAGAACAAGCACAAGGUGGGCUCUUUCUGCAAGUACAAGUGCAAACCUGGAUAUCACGUGCCCGGCUCCUCCCGGAAGUCAAAGAAACGGGCCUUCAAGACUCAAUGUACGCAAGAUGGGAGCUGGCAAGAGGGAGCUUGUGUUCCCGUGACCUGCGACCCACCUCCACCAAAAUUCCAUGGGCUCUACCAGUGCACUAAUGGCUUCCAGUUCAACAGCGAGUGUAGGAUCAAGUGUGAAGACAGCGACACCUCCCAGGGUCGUGGGAAUAACGUCAUCCAUUGCCGGAAAGAUGGCACCUGGAGCGGCUCCUUCUAUGUCUGCCAGGAGAUGCAAGGCCAGUGCUCGGCCCCGAACCAGCUCAACAGCAACCUCAAGCUGCAGUGCCCCGAUGGCUAUGCCAUAGGGUCGGAGUGUGCCACCUCGUGCCUGGACCACAACAGCGAGUCCAUCAUUCUGCCAGUGAACGUGACUGUACGUGACAUCCCCUACUGGCUGAACCCCACUCGGGUGGAGAGAAUUGUCUGCACUGCUGGGCUCAAGUGGUAUCCUCACCCUUCCUUGAUUCACUGUGUCAAAGGCUGUGAGCCCUUCAUGGGAGACAAUUACUGUGAUGCCAUCAACAACCGAGCCUUCUGCAACUACGAUGGUGGGGAUUGCUGCACCUCCACGGUGAAGACCAAAAAGGUUACCCCUUUUCCCAUGUCCUGUGACCUACAAGGUGAUUGUGCUUGUCGGGAUCCCCAGGCCCAAGAACACAGCCGGAAAGACCUCCGGAGAUACAGCCAUGGCUAA